GCGCAGGCCGCACGCUCACUGCUGCCCGGGCUGUCUACGUGGCCGACAGCUGCAGUCUGCAGCCCUGCUUGAUCCCGAGCUAUGUGCGACUCCACGUGCCUCCACCUUGGCGGCUGAGGUCUGCCAGCUGAGCCACAAGAAGCCUGGUGCCAUGGAGCAGCAAGGCUGAGUUGAAGGUGGAGGCCACUCAGGGCUGAGGUGGCAGGGAGAGGAGAUCCAGUGCCCGGGGCCACCAAGCCUUGGAUGCAGGGGCAUCUGGGCCAGGGGCAAAGACAGAAGGCUCCCUGACGGCCGGGCAGGCUCUCCCCAAAGGGCGCCUAAGCCAUGCUCUCGAGCCCUCGUCCGCAGAGAAGGCGAAGGAUGGCCAGGCGGAUUCUCCAGGGCAGGUGGUUGAGUGACCAGACUGGAGAGCUCCCACACACAAUGGGAGACACGUCAGUGCCACUGAGGGCAGCCUCGCCCAAGGCAUUGUCAGGACCAGAGGCCUGGGAGGUCGGCCCAUGGAGGACCAGAGACCCCCAGGGACAGGCUCAGGCCGGCAUGAUCCGAGCUGUGGCCCCCCACCCUGCAGAAGAGGCGCUCUGGACAACUCGAGCUGAUGGGCGGGUCCGCCUGCGCAUAGACCCCAGUUGCCCGGACCCUCCCCACACCGUGCACCGGAUGUUCUGUGAGACUCUGGACAAGUAUGGGGACCUCAGCGCCCUGGGCUUCAAGCGCCAGGGCUCGUGGGAGCACAUCUCCUACUCCCAGUACUACCAGCUCUCCCGCAAAGCCGCCAAGGGCUUCCUGAAGCUCGGCCUGGAGCGGACCCACAGCGUGGCCAUCCUCGGCUUCAACUCCCCAGAGUGGUUCUUCUCAGCAGUGGGUACAGUAUUUGCAGGAGGUACUGUCACCGGCAUCUACACGACCAGCUCCCCCGAGGCCUGCCAGUACAUCGCCCACGACUCCCACGCCGACAUCAUCGUGGUGGACACGCAGGAGCAGCUGGGAAAGAUCCUCAAGAUCUGGAAAAACCUGCCACACCUGAAGGCGGUGGUGGUGUACCGAGAGCCUCCUGCAGAGAAAAUGGCCAACGUGUACAUGAUGGAGCAGCUCCUGGGCCUGGGGAGCCUGGUGCCUGAGGAGGCCCUGGACGCUGUUAUUGCCGCCCAGCAACCCAACCAGCGCUGUGUCCUCAUCUACACGUCAGGCACCACCGGGCCCCCCAAGGGCGUGAUGCUGAGUCAGGACAAUAUCACAUGGACAGCACGGUACGGCAGCCAGGCCGGGGGCAUCCAGCAUGCGGAGGUGCAACAGGAGGUGGUGGUUAGCUACCUGCCUCUCAGCCAUAUUGCCGCCCAGAUUUAUGACCUGUGGACAGGCAUCCAGUGGGGAGCCCACGUCUGCUUUGCUGAGCCAAACGCACUGAAGGGGAGCCUUGUGAGCACACUGCGGGAGGUGGAGCCCACAUCCCAUCUGGGGGUGCCUCGCGUCUGGGAGAAGAUCAUGGAAGGGAUCCAGGAGGUGGUGGCUCAGUCUGGCUUCAUCCGGCGCAAGAUGCUGCUGUGGGCCAUGUCAGUGACUUUGCAGCACAACCUCACCAGCCCGGGCAGGUGGGCCAGUACCACAGCGAUGUGGCAGGUUGGCCCCAGCAGCCAGACCAGGGAACUGGAGCAGGGAAGCCAGUGUGUGGCCCAGCCUGACCCUUUUAUCCAGGCUUGUGCUUCCUUCUGUGGACUGCUCUCCUCUCCCACCAGUGACCUGAAGCCCUUCACGGCCAGACUGGCUGAUUUCCUGGUGCUGGCCAAGGUCCGCCAGGCGCUGGGCUUGGCCAGGUGUCAGAAGCACUUCUACGGAGCAGCCCCCAUGUCCAUGGAGACCCAGCACUUCUUCCUGGGCCUCAAUAUCCGCUUGUAUGCGGGUUACGGCCUCAGUGAGACCUCAGGGCCCCACUUUAUGUCCAGCCCCUGCAACUACCGGCUCUGCAGCUCUGGCAAGGUGAUGCCAGGCUGCCGUGCGAAGCUGGCGGACCCAGACGCAGGCGGCGUGGGCGAGAUCUGCCUAUGGGGCCGCAACAUCUUCAUGGGCUACCUGAACAUGGAGGCUGAGACCAGGGAGGCCAUCGAUGACCAGGGCUGGCUGCGCACUGGCGACACAGGGCGCCUGGACGCCGAGGGCUUCCUCUACGUCACCGGGCGCAUCAAAGAACUAAUCAUCACGGCUGGUGGGGAGAACGUGCCCCCAGUGCCCCUUGAGGAGGCAGUGAAGAGGGAGCUGCCCAUCAUCAGCAAUGCCAUGCUGCUUGGGGACCAGCGGAAGUUCCUGGCCAUGCUGCUCACCCUGAAGUGCACCGUGGACCCAGACACCUCUGACCCUACUGACAACCUGACGGAACAGGCUGUGGAGUUCUGCCAGAGUGUGGGCAGUACGGCCACCAAGGUGUCCGAGGUCGUGGGGAAGGACGAGGCUGUGUACCGGGCCAUCGAGGAGGGGAUCCGGAGGGUCAACAGGAAUGCAGCUGCCCGGCCCUACCACAUCCAGAAGUGGGCCAUUCUUGGGAAGGACUUCUCCAUUCCGGGUGGAGAGCUGGGUCCCACAAUGAAACUGAAGCGGUUUACAGUUCUGGAGAAGUACAAAGACACCAUCGAUUCCUUUUACCAAGAGCAAAAGUAAUUGGGGGCCACCCUUCCACAGACAGCGGCCUUUCCGAGCACCUUCGGGCUCCAGGUCCUCUGCAGUUUGGGCACAGGGCCUGGCAAGCCCGCAAGGUCUCAGGGUAGGGGUAUGGCACUGCGUCCAGACUUGGGAACUGCUGACAAUUCCCAGGAGCUUUGCAUGUGGACAGUUUUAAUAUUAAGUAUUGCUUUUUGAUCAGAUGACAAAUGAGAUCAGCUCUCCUUCCAGAACAAAAGGGCUGCAGUCUUGGCUUUAGUUGCAAGUAGACUUAACAGGCUGCAGCUCACUUACCCAGGCCAGCCUGUGGCAGGCUGCGCUGAGGGAGGAGGAAGACGGUGGCUUAUGCCAGUGUGGGCUAACAGCCCCACCUACUCCGGAAUCACUGGACAUGGCCGACCCUCGCAUCUCAGUACCAGCACUUCUCACCACACACACUGACUCAAUGCGUCACAAAACUGCUGCCUAUAUCAUUGCAUUUCACCUGUAAUCUGAAUAAACUUUCUAACAGAACUGUCAACAA